AGUAAGGUUUUUUGUGUGUAAUUGUUUUAAGGAAUGUUUCCCAGAUAGCUUAUCAACAAUGUCUGUCUUAACGCUUCGAACGAAGGUGAAUAUGGAGAGUCUCAAGAAGCUUUUGUUGGUGGCACUAAUAGCAACUUCCGCAAUUCACCUUGUUCAAGCUCAAGAUCAAGAAGGAUUUAUUAGUGUGGACUGCGGGUUAUCUCCGAAUGAAGUGUCUCCUUAUAUUGAGCCGUUUACUGGACUACAAUUCACAACGGAUUCAAAUUUCAUCCAAACUGGAAAAAUUGGUAGAAUUCAGGCAAGCCUAGAGUCGAGGUACCGAAAGUCGCAAACAACAUUGAGAUACUUUCCUGAUGGAAUACGCAAUUGUUACAAUCUUACGGUGAAUCAGGGAACCAACUAUUUAAUCAGAGCUACAGCAAUAUAUGGGAAUUAUGAUGGUCUUAACAUUUAUCCUAAAUUUGACUUGUACAUAGGCCCUAAUUUCUGGGUAACAAUAGACUUAGUAACUUAUGUAAAUGGUACAUGGGAGGAGAUCAUCUACAUACCAAAAUCAAAUAUGUUGGACGUGUGUCUUGUCAAGACAGGGACGUCUACGCCAUUGAUAUCCUCCUUGGUGUUAAGGCCUCUUGCAAAUGCUACUUACAUCACUCAAUCUGGUUGGUUGAAGACAUAUAUUCGGGUUUAUCUAAGCGACUCAGAUGAUGUCAUACGAUAUCCGGAUGAUGUCUAUGAUCGUAUAUGGGGUUCAUACUUUUUGCCGACGUGGAAGAAGAUUUCCACUACACUUGGAGUGAACAGCUCUAGUGGAUUUCUGCCUCCACAAAAAGCACUCAUGACUGCCGCAACUCCUGCCAAUGCUAAUGCAUCAUUGGCCGGAGUACUAGAGUUCCCAAAUGAGAAACUGUACUUGUACCUCCACUUCUCUGAGAUUCAAGUCUUAAAGGCCAACGAGAGUAGAGAGUUUGAAAUUUUUUGGAAUAAAAAGCUUGUUUACAAUGCGUAUAGUCCUGUCUAUCUCCAGACCAAGACUAUACGCAACCCAUCUCCAGUUACUUGCGAAGGAGGAGAAUGCAUAUUAGAGAUGAUCAAAACUGAGAGGUCAACUCUCCCGCCUCUGCUUAACGCCGUUGAAGUUUUCACAGUGGUUGAAUUUCCUCAGCCGGAAACAGACGCUAGUGAUGUGGUUGCUAUAAAGAACAUCAAGGCCAUCUAUGGAUUGGCUCGAGCCACAUGGCAAGGAGAUCCAUGUGUUCCUCGACAGUUUUUGUGGAACGGUUUAAAUUGUAACAACACGGAAACGUCUACGCCUCCAAGAAUCACAUCCUUGAACUUGUCUUCAAGCGGGUUAACGGGAAGCAUAUCAGUUGUAAUUCAAAAUCUUACCCAUCUAGAAAAGUUGGAUUUGUCAAAUAACAACUUGACUGGAGAAGUUCCUGAAUUUCUAGCAAACAUGAAACUUCUGUUGUUCAUAAACUUGAGCAAGAACAAUCUGAAUGGUUUGGUUCCUAAAGCUCUUCGCGAUAGAGAAAAUAAAGGACUUAAGUUAAUUGUCGACAAAAAUGUGGACAACUGCUCAUCUGGUUCAUGCACCCAAAAGAAGAAUUUUCCAGUGGUUGCAUUAGCUGUUUCGUCGAUCGUAGUCAUCACAGUGGUAUUGGUUCUCAUUUCUCUACCCUCACAAUCAACUCCGCCACAAGCAAAUCAUACUUUCGAUGAAACAAUGAUAGAAACGAAAAGGAAAAGAUUUACUUAUUCGGAGGUUAUGGAAAUGACAAAUAACUUCCACAGAGCUCUAGGUGAAGGAGGGUUUGGUGUCGUCUAUCAUGGUUAUUUGAAUGGUUCAGAGGAAGUAGCUGUCAAAUUACUUUCAAAAUCAUCAGUACAAGGCUAUAAAGAAUUCAAGGCAGAGAUAGCUGUCGAUGCCGCACUAGUGUUCUUCAAGAGAGAAUGGAAACGUUGUUGGCCAUUCCUCACCGGAUUCGCCGUCACCGGCGUUCUCAUCACCAAGUUAACCGCCGGACUUACUGAGGAAGAUGCGAAGAACUCCAAGUUUGUCCAGCAACACAGAAGGAUCGAUGUAGUCAAAUGGCCUUUGAGGUUUCUUGGGAUGUUAUCUAUGGAUGAUUAUUGGUAUUAAUGUAGUGAGAAAUGUGAUGAUUCACUGAAGCAAAGUGUAGAAGCUGAGAAGGCAUAGUGGAUGCUUCAGAUUUGAAACAUGUUUAAUAACAAAGAAGAGCAUUCUAUAUACUCUUUUCUUUUCUCUGAAACUUAGUAAUGCAAUGGUUUUGUUCACAGUUUCUUCUUCCCAUUUGUUUUGGAAAUGGAUUUUAUCGCCUUUUUGGAAAUGCGGGUGCACAUUCAAUAAGAAAUUGGUUCCCCAAUGAAUAAUUACAUUUUGU